AAAAAGACAUGGAGAAUUACACGAAUGCAACCAAUUUAACUCGGAUUUCAGCAUUUUUACACAAGAACGAUAGUGUUGUUUUCUAUAACUUUGUGGCAGGACUAUAUGUAUAUGCCAUACCAUUAAUCUCCGUUAUCGGCGUCAUUGGAAACGUUUGGUCUUUUAAAGUUUUUGUGUUUACAAGUUUUAACAAACAUCCUUCCAGUAUUUAUCUGGCAAUGCUUGGAGUAUCGGAUACUUGUUUUUUAAUUGCACUGAUAUUUGGAUGGAUCGGAACAAUACACAACACAACGGUGAAUACAGGAGUUUUAUGUUUGGUAUCAGUGUAUAUAGCUUACGUGUCAAGUUUUUUGUCAGUAUGGUAUGUUGUGUUAAUCAUGGUAGACCGUUUCAUUGUUGUCUGCUUUCCGUUAAGAGGAUAUCGACUUUGUUCAAAACGACGCUCACUUAUAGCUGGAACUGUAGUUACAGUAUUUGGUGUUUUAUUUUAUAGCCAUUCCUUUUUCACAGUUCAAGUUGUUCCAACACCAGGAGGUUUUUCUUGUCAAUUGAAUAACGAUUACAGACAUCUUGUAACUGUGAUCACAUAUAUUGAUACUGGUAUAACUUUUGUAUUUCCGUUUGUCGCCAUAUUUGUUUUAAACACUGUUGUCAUCGUGACUAUUCGGAAAUUCAGCUUCAAGCAUGUAACACUACGCGGAAACAAAUAUUACUCGCCGCCACACAAUAUUCUUUCGAAUGCACAAAUGAGACUGACAGUUAUGUUGAUUGUAGUGGCUAUCGUGUUUCUAGUUCUAAACUUACCGAGUCAUGGGAUUCGAUUCUACAUUCUAGUUAAGGAUCUUGCCCAAACAAAUGAUUUGGUGUUGUUUUUGUCCCAACAGAUAUGUCAAAUAUUAUAUUAUAUCAAUUUUUCUGUAAAUUUUACCUUGUAUGUUUCUUCAAGCAAAACAUUCCGACGAUGUUUGUUUGAAAAAGCCAGAUGUUUAAGGCACUGAUUUUUAAAAGGAUAGCAAGCUGUUGUUGGAGGUACAGUUAUAACAAAAUUGUUGUUUAGUAAAUUAUAAUCAAACAUUCCUUUGGUGUUAUAUGAGUUAAAACUACUGGUGUUCAGAAUAUCACGCUUCUUUUAAAUUCAUCAAAAUGAAAAUGUCCGUGUGCGUGACCUUUAAUUACCGAAAUAAUGCCGGUAAAUUAGUAUAUCUGAUUUUUUUCAAAGGGAACAAUGUAUGAAGGACAUCCAUUAAGACAAGGAAAAUUAUAGAAGGAAUAACAAAAUGUAUAAUUAAGAUGUAUAUACAAUAACAAUGAAGAAAUAGACGACAGUUGGGCGAUUUUUAAUGCAUUGCAAGAGAACUUGCAGAAAAGUAAAAAUUUAAAAAUGCGAGCAGCGAUCAUUCCUAAUCAACGACUAAACCCAGUGUUAAAAGAUUUAACGUCAAGCAAUAUAUCUGGAUGUUAUCAUUAUUUUUAUUCAAUAUUAUAUAUUGAUUUUUAAUAAGCAAGAGACGGAAAGAGUGAAAUAUAUUUAAAUAAUUUCUACGAACAGCUAUUAAUUCAGUAACUCACAUUAUGUAUUGCAAUAUAAAGAGGACGUAUUAGUAUGAAAAGAUCACAUUGCAUGAAGUU